AUGGCACCGGUACCGAUUACAGAGGAUUAUUACAUGGUCCUUGAAGUAGGACAAACUGCUGCACACGAGCUAAUCCUCAAAUCUUAUAAACGGCUGGCGCUGAAGCUCCACCCGGAUAGAAAUGCAAAACACGAUGCUACUACAGCUUUUCAACAGCUCGGAAGAUCGUACGAGACAUUGAAGGACGAAAGCAAACGCCGAGCGUACGACCUCAUCUACCCGUCCAUAAUACGAAGUCGCCACUCUCCUGUUCCACCUCCUGCUUCAACUCCGCAAUCAGAAGCACUCACCGAAGCGGCGCAAAUUGCCGCACUUCAAAAAUCGAAGCAAGAACGUGGUGCACGAUGGAGGACCAAGAAGAAUGCCUUCGACUCCUCGAUCUGGGAGCUGCAGAGAGAUAUUCGGCGGUUGGAGCUAGAAAUUAAGAAUUUGGAUGAUAUUGUAGCUGCUGAGGCGGCGGAAGAGGCCUAG